UUGAAAAACAUGGCGGAUUCGCCGUUCUCAGAGGAUAUCGUGAAAAAUUCUCAUGGAACUCUAGGUUUAGUGCUUCAAGAUGCCGAAGAAACCAGCGAUGAAUCAGACAGUGAAGAUGAAGUGUUGAAAAAAGGUCAAAUACUAGUGUGUUGGUAUCCAUCGGGUCAAGAAGAAACUUUAUCGAUCUCGAAGGUCCAGCUAGCAGAUCGUUCUCUACUCCCUGGAGAUGUUGUCAAACUUGCCAACCCGAAUCUCUCCAAGCAGAAGGGUUUUGUUAGUGAUGUUGAAGUUACAGCAAGUGUCAAAGUGUUGGCAGCAGGUCAGAUUGUCAAGAAUAUAGACUGUAGAGAACUAAAGCCUUUACAGGAGCUUAUACCUGGAGUCCAUGUAUCCCUGGGKCCUUGGCUUGGCAUUGUGACAGAAUCUCAUUUAAAAUUAGUUUUAAAAAUGAAAAAAAAUGGCUCAAGGUGUUCCUUAGAGGGUGAACAGACAGAAGUUUUGUAUGACAUGACUGACCAAAGAGAUGAGGAAUCUCCAUUCUAUUCAGAAACAUUCUAUCCAGGUCAAAUUGUUGCUGGUCCAUCGAAAGUAUUCAAAGAUGCCAAGUGGCUGUCUGGUGUAAAACCUAUUAUGCAUAAUCAAUCUCAUGUGAAGGCUACUGUAGAAGAGAUCACUGUUGUGUCUUGUGAGGUGAACUGGCAAGUUUGUGGUGCUUGUAGUAUCGAUGACAGCUCCAUGUUUUCGCCGCCAAGAUCUACUGUCACCGGAGAACAGCUUAGUAGGGUCAGAGUGAUCAACCAUAAUCGUCACGCUAGCAUUCAAAUGGGAGACAAGGCAUUUUACACGGUAAAAGAAUCAGAUCUCCAAUUGGCUGCUCAUGGUCUAGCACACAACUCUGCAUCCCAACCCCAUGGCGAUGACCACGCCGCAAAGCACACMCAAAAUCAAGUUGAUAACAAGACACAAGGGGAAGGCGAAAGYACUAGUUUACAAGACGAUUCAAAGCAAAAAGGAACCAAUCAGGACGAUUCUGGUCCUACYGGGACGCUAUCAGACUCAACAGAUGAGGACCCUGAUGGUGGAGACCAUGGGGCMCCKAARUCAAAAGGYYCCUCUCAGGGAWCAAAGCAYGAUUCUGGKUCUUCCACUGCAAGGAAYCCUGUCAAACGUAGACGGAAGAGAGCUAAGCGYAAACGCAAGACUAUUCCGCAUAUGCAAGUUAAUGUUGGYGAUCGKGUCUGCGUAGAAGUGGUGUCCACCAACACGACAGUGAAUGUGGUAUGGCAAGACAAACGUAAGACCACAGGRAUCCUAUCAACGCACCUCACACCCGUGUUUCAUCUGGACGAACAUGAAUUCUUUCCAGGCGAUUAUGUCAAUGAUAAACGAGCCUCAGCAGAUUCUACAGUCUACGGCAGUAUCUUGACAUGUGAUUUUGACGCRCGUACUUGUGACGUCAAGUGGUUUACCCGUGAGGGACUGGAGCUGUCCAUUGAACGUGACGUCAGUGUCUACGACAUCGCCGAACAUUCGGACUUCAUUUUCAACUCGGGAGAUGUAGUCGUACGUAUGGUCCCCCCUGACUAUUGCACGUCACCAUCUUCAUCGUCGUCAACUUGUAUUGGACAGGUUAUCAAUGUAGACGAAAGUGGCCGGGUGAACAUACUUUGGGUAGAUGGCACGUCUUCAUGCGUCAUACCACAAGAACUUUAUAAAGUCGAUACAGAAGACGACGACCACUCACAAGGCAUGGAUGAACAUGAUCACCAUGGUAACAGCGAUGACGAAUGGGAAACGGCUAGUGACGAAAGUAGCGACGAAGGACCACAUGAUCACGAUGACAGAGUAAUUGAUACAUCUAUUGAUGGCAGAGAAAGGCAAAGCGGUGAAGAAGCCACAGCGAAUGAAGAAAAUAAGGAGCAGACUACUGAAAAAAAGAAUCCUCUAGAUUACAACGCCAUCAACGUGAUGCUAUCCAAUAGGAAUUCAGCUUUCAUGAUACUAGAGAACACACCAGAUGAGCARCAUUUCAARAAUUUUCCAUUUAUGGCUCAAAAYCAACGAAARUUCAUGAUGACGAUACAAAAAGAGUUAGCCCUCCUCCACAGCUCCCUUCCCUCGGGGAUCCUGGUCAGGAGUUUYGAGGAUCGCGUGGAUCUUUACCGAGUGAUGAUCUCAGGACCCGUAGGUACGCCGUACGAACAUGGUCUAUUUUUAUUCGAUGUUCGACUCACACCCAACUACCCAAACACUCCUCCACAAUUCCAUUACUUGUCAAUGUGUUCUGGUCGUCUCAAUCCUAACUUGUAUGAAGAUGGUAAAGUGUGUGUCAGUCUACUUGGRACAUGGUCAGGCAAAGGAAGCGAAGUAUGGACCCCUAAAUCGAGUCUCCUUCAAGUACUGAUUUCAAUACAGGGUCUUAUCCUGAGCAGCGAGCCAUACUAUAACGAAGCAGGGUACGAAAAACAACGCGGUACUCAAGAAGGAUUAGAAAAUAGCCGUCUUUACAACGAGAUGGCCAUCUUGAAACUACUUCAGUCUAUGGCUCGAAUGAUUUCAAAGCCACCAUUUGGCUUUGAGAAAGAGAUCCGCCAGCACUUUAUUGAGCAUGUUCCCAUUUUAUUGCGCAAAUUCAAUUGGUGGCUUCAGCAUAAAGACGACGUCCCUACAGCUACUAACUGCAUACUAGAUCAGACAAAACAAACAGAUGAAUCUCAAAAAUCCCUUGAACAAAAACCAUGCAACAUUAGCGAUGAGCAACAGGAAAAACUGCCAAAUAUGAAUGAAGAACAGAACCCAAAUGAUUCAAAUGCCGAAAACAAUGAUCCAAGCGGAAAUGAAAGCUCUGUUCCUCCUGAAGAAAAGCCACAAAACCACAACGAAAGAAUUGAUGAAGAGSCUCAAGGAGCCGCUGCAGCAGCAUGCUGUAAUCCAGAGACAUUUAAACUUCCUGAGUAUCCUCUGUUUCCUCUUUCAAAAGGCUUCCAAAAAAGCCUUGAAAGCUGUUUAAAACAGUUGAAGGAGGCUAUGGUCGAGAGUGGCCUGGGUGCAUGUCUUUCCAAAGAUGAAUAACUACCUCGAUCCAAUGCCUUUUUAUUCAAAAAUUGCACGAGAUCAUGCGAGAGAAAUGGAUUUAAGUGAUCAUAAUGAAAUAGUCCCCUUAGAGCCGUUUUUUUUUUUUUUUUUUUUUGUGGCUUCCCUCCGAGAUGGGAAAUAGACAGACUAUUUCUAGCAUGUGACCCAUUUGUCAAUUUCUCCGAUGGGUCAGGAAGCCAAAGCGAAAACGUUUUCGAGGAGACUAUCAAAAUAGGMGUUAGAUUAAAACCCCGUGAAAUAGAUAUGACAACAUAACUUUAGUGCACUCUAAUUCCAUUGUCAGUUAGUCUUUGUUUCACGGGAAUGCGCUCUAUGCAUAAAGAUUAUUUUUACGAAGAUGUUGCCUGCAUAACAUAAAAUAUAAUACAACUCGCCAAAGUAAUGCGCUUAAGUUUCGUAAUGCUUACAGAACAUACAACAUUUCUGGCGCAAACGCACCGUAGCCUUGACGUCAAAUAAUUGUAGCUUUUGAUAUGGAGUGUAUGGAAUUGUAGAAGUGAUUGAUAAWAUUCAGAGGAUGAUACGCUUUUAUAGGCAAAUAAGAAACGGCCGGUUGUGAAAAAGACAAGUUAUUUGUGCAGAAAACGAAUAUAAAACUAAUGCUAACUAAAUAUUAUAUUUAAAAKAUAUUUAUCUAAUGAUACAUUAUUGUAAUGAAUCUCGACUAAAUGCAAAAUUUUAUUACCAUGCUAUCAAUAGCGAUGUCAAAUAACCCGUGAAAUAGAUAUUACACCAAUACUUGACUAUCACACAAGUUUUGUUUCACAGGUUUAAUGACACUCUUCUGGGUUGUAAAUCUCUAUAAGGUGAUGAAUAAAGUUUAUUUUAAAUCUA